UGCAAGUCAUGAACGUUAUAGAAUACCUCCUCGUUUCACUGCUGAUCGGCUCAGCUGCCACAGUCGCUACAGAUCCGUUGCUGGUAGAGCUGCCCAAUGGAAUACUACGUGGACGCGACAACGAGGGAUAUUACAGCUACGAGUCGAUACCGUAUGCGGAGCCACCUCUUCGGGAGCUACGAUUUGAGCCACCUCAGCCCUACGCUCGCCGAUGGGACAGCAUAUUUAAUGCAACCACGCCCCCCGCCUUCUGCAUGCAGUGGAAUCAGUUUGCCGAGGACGCGGAUAAGCUGAUAGGCAUCGAGGACUGUCUAACUGUAAGCGUGUACAAGCCAAAGAACUCGAAUCGUAGCUCAUUUCCGGUUGUAGCGAAUAUUCAUGGCGGCAUCUUCAUGUUUGGUGCACCCGUGGAGCAGCGUCAUGAGCCGAUUAUGGCCAGAGGCAAUAUGAUUGUGGUGACGAUUGCAUAUCGACURGGUCCGAUWGGUUUUCUGAGCACAGGCGACGCUACAUUGUCGGGAAACUUUGGRCUUAAGGAUCAGCGCUURGCUCUGCGCUGGAUCAAGCAAAACAUUGCUCGCUUUGGUGGWGAGCCASAGAAUAUUCUWGUGCUUGGUCACUCAGCUGGCGGUGCUUCGGUACACCUACAGAUGCUGCAGGAGGAYUUCAGCCARUUGGCAAAGGUGGCUGUGUCACUCAGUGGMAAUGCCCUKGAUCCCUGGGUGGUGCAACAAGGAGCACGUCGACGCGCCUUCGAAAUGGGUCGCAAUGUGGGAUGCGGCUUGCUCAGCGACUCUGUGGAGUUGAAAAAGUGUCUACAGUCCAAGGAUGCGUCGGAGAUAGUCAGAGCUGUGCGUCAGUUCCUCGUCGUCGACUAUAUACCGAUUAAUCCAUUUGGGCCGGUAGUAGAGCCAGUCGAUGCUCCAGACCCUUUUCUCACUCAGUAUCCCAGUGACAUCAUAAAGAGUGGAAGCUUUUCACAAGUUCCGUGGCUCGUUUCGCAUACAACGGAGGAUGGUGGAUACAACGCAGCUGCUCUCCUGGUUAAGCAGCCCGAUGGAAGGGAGUUGAUCUACCACCUCAAUAAUCGCUGGUACGAAUUAGCGCCCCACCUCCUCUUCUAUCGCAACUCUGCAAAAACAGUUGACGAAAUGGACGACUACUCCCGCGAUCUGAGACAGCAGUACCUGGGCAAUCGGAAAUUCAGCGAGGAGAACUAUCUGCAUAUACAGCGAUUAUUCUCAGAUUUGUUCUACAUAAACGAAACUCUGCGAACCAUAGAUCUGCAGCGGGAACAUGGAGGAAGUCCCAUUUACUACUACGUCUACGAUAAUCCAUCUGAAAAGGGCAUUGGACAAGAAUUGUCCAACCGGGAUGACAUUUAUUUUGGCACAGUACAUAGGGAUGAUUACGCUCUGAUGUUCGACAAGAAAACUAGUGAAGACCGACCUGACGAGAAGAUCAUUUCCACUAAGUUCCUAAGCAUGCUGGAGGGCUUUGUCUACAGUGAUACUGGUGCUUUGACUUAUGACAAUUGCGUGUUUCCCAACAAUAUUGGCCAGAAGCAGCUGCACUAUAUUCUAAUAAGGAGCAACGGCUGCGAGGCUCUAGAAAUAGCUCCGAUAUAG